CAAUUUGACAAUUGUGAGGAAUGAAUACAAACACUCACGUAGUGCAUUCAGUAGGCGAGCGUAAUAAAUAUGUGGGAGAAUUCCCACAUAUAUAUAGUAUUCAGUGCCAGUGCCGAGAACUCGGAUCGAACACGGACGCGUCGUGCACAUAUGCGUGAAAAACUAGCUGGCAACAACGGUGGCGAGUCCAAAUGCGAAGAAAAGCCAGUGAAUCGCGGGGCGAGUAAAGUAAAUAAAUUCAGUGCGGACCAUUGCCAUUUCGGGGCGAAUAAUGUCUGCGUCUGUGAUAUGUGUUGAUUUGAGCUCGGAGUCUGAUGAAGAGUCGCCAGCCAAACGACGACGACUCGAGGAUCCAUUGGGACUACUAACGCCAUCCGGUAGGCAAAGUUUGCCUGCCAAGCUUCUGAACAUACCAAAGGCCUCCCUGGCAUCUCCGAUUGAAGUGCCAGCUGUAGGAACAGGACCUGCGAGGGACACUCCGGUCAUAGUGGAUCCACUCCGAUCCAUGCACAUCCCCAGUGGCAUCACCGUCACCAAGCACCAGAAGAACGUCCUCACCACAAACGGAAACCUUACCAUUUCCCUGGCAGAGAGCAACAACAACACCACAAUCUUCAACAACAAUGUGACCCCGAAGCAGAUCAAGAUUGGCACCGGCCAGAAAGUGGCCUGGUCGGUGAGCAAUAAGGCGCCCAGUCCAAAUGCCGUGAUAACCACCGUGCCCAGCCACCAGGUGAGGGUGACGCCGUGUAACCAGAUACGGCUCGCACCCGGUUCAAAAAUCAUCCCUGCGUCGAAAGCAAUGCCUGCAAAGAUUCAACCCGUUUUUGGGAUAGGUCAGCCUCAGCAACAGUCGCAGGCACAGCAACCGAAGGCCAUAAUACUGGGUGUUACGAAGCCCAAAACUGCAGUGGGUCAAAUGGGGCCGCAGCAGCCACAGAAGGCGCUAUCACUCCAAGUCCAUCAGAAAUUAGUUGCAGGACAACAGCAACAUAUAGCUACUCUGGGUCAAUUGCAGCAGAUACAGGUGCAACAGCAGCAGCCACUUAGACCGGUGGGUAUUCGGCUGCAGCAGCCACUUGGUGUCCAAUUGGCUACGCAACAACCGAAACCACUGGCUGGCCAAUUGGCUGCGCAGCAACCGAAACCACUGGGUAGGCAAUUGUCUACGCAGCAAAAACCACUAGGAGCCCCACUGAUAACGCAGCAAAAACCACCAGUGGGAUCCCUACAACAGCCUGCUAAACAGAAUACGGCGACUGGAGUACAGAUUCAGCAAAUACCAAAGGUUUUCGUGGGACAGCCGCAGCAGAAGGUGUUCCUGGGGCAACUACAACAACAGAAUACUUUCCUGGGGCAACUACAACAGGAGCAACAAAAGAAGAUCCUGGGUCAACUGCAACAAGAGCAAAAUAAAAUGUUGCUGGGGCAGCUUCAAAAGCAGCAGCAGCAACACAAAAAGAUCGUCGGGCAAUCACCACAGGAAAAGGUUCCUUUGGAGCAACUACAACCACAGCAGAAACCACCACAGCCUCUGAAGAAUCCAUUGGUGCAACUAAAACAGCAACAGCCACCCCCACAGCAACAGAAAACUUCAGUGAGCCAACAGCAACAGAAGACAUCAGUGGGGCAAAGUCAACAACAGCAGAAGAAUUCACUUGUGCAGAUACAACAGCAACCACAACUGCAACAGAAAACUUCAGUGAGCCAGCAGCCACAGAAGACAUCAGUGGGGCAAAUCCAGCAGCAACCUCAACAGCUACAAAAGACUUCAGUGGGGCAAAACCAACAACAGAAGCAACAGCAGAAGAAUUCACUUGUGCAACUACAACAGCCACCACAACUGCAACAGAAAACUUCAGUGAGCCAGCAGCCAGAGAAGAUAUCAGUUGGGCAAAUCCAGCAGCAACCUCAACAGCUACAAAAGACUUCAGUGGGGCAAAACCAACAACAGCAAAAUAAUUCACUGGUACAGCUACAACAGCAACCACAACUGCAACAGAAAAAUUUAGUGAGCCAGCAGAAGAUUUUAGCGGGUCAACUCCAGCAGCAACCGAAGACUUCACCGGUGCAACUUUAUCAGCAACAGAAGGCUUUAGUGGGGAAACUCCAGCGGCAACCUCAACAGCAACCGAAGUCUUCGCAACUCCAGCAGCAGCCUCAACAGCAACCGAAGACUUUACCGGGGCAAGUCCAGCAGCAACCUCAACUGCUACAGAAGACUUCAGUGGGGCAACUCCAGCAGCAACCAAGGACUCCAGUGGGGCAACUUCAGCAGCAACAUAAUACUUCAACACAGCAACAGAAAACUUCAGUGAGCCAACAGCAGAAGACACCAGUGGCGCAAUUUCAACAGCAGCAAAAAACACCAAAAGCCGCCACAGGGCAUCAGGCAACACCUGAAAAGCUACAACAGCAACGAGCCGCCCCAGGGCAACAACAAAAGUUACCUAUUGGACAGCCCCAGUCACAGCAGAAAACAAAUGUAGGACUUCAACAGCAACAGGUGGCACAGAAGAAAAACAUGGGGCCAAUACAGCACCUACUUAAGAAUCCUUUGGCCCAACCGCAGCUUCCAAAAACAUCGGUGGGUCUGCCGCGGCAACAACCGCUCCCGCAAAAUCCCUUGCUUGUGGCCCAACAGCAAUCACCAAAGACACAAUUGGCUAUACAACUGCUAAACUCUGUGAUGGGCACACAGAUUCCACCGCAGCAGCCGUCGCUUCCAGUUGUCAAUCAAAUAACACACAAAUCGAUGACAAUUCAGAGACUUCCCAUGUUGCAGACUCCGCCUACGGGUCAAAAAAUUUUGCCAAAACAGAUAACUCCGCAGCAGACGCCACCACCCGCUCACAUAGUACAAAAGCAGACAAUGCCAAACGCGGCCAUGGAAACUCCUCCGUUCGCACACCGUUCACCAAUAGUGAGGCCCAUGACGGUAGCCAAGAUUACGCCUGUGCCUACAAACAGCAAAGUCUGCUACCCAAUAAAGCCACAGGUGGCUAGAGCUGUCAGUCCCACAGCCGCGACAAUGACUGCAGCCCGUACUUUGCCCUUUAGAAGCUCACAGCAUAAGACAUCUGCGUCGCCGAUGACUUCCACGCAUGUCCAGGGAUUCACAGCGAGUGCCACUCCUCCACAGCGCCUUCUGGCCACUCCACCGCACUGUGCCGCGGCCUUAAAUGAGCCGCUGUUGUUAAACUUGCCGCCCACCACUAGCAUUACCCCACAACUAACGCCCACAACAACUCCACCGCCCGCUGGACCAUCGGCUGGACUUCAGCAACAACAGCUUGCCAAAGCGGCAGCCUUUAAAUUGAAUUCCUUGCCCGGAGCGAGCAUUUCUCCAGUGAUCAGGACUCCAACUGCAAGCGUCAAGCGCAUCCAGCCCAUUACUGUGCUCAAGAAAUCCGAUGAGGAAUGGCGAAGGCAUCUCGAACAACAGCAAAAGCAUCGCGUGCCAUUGCAGUCGUCCUCGGCGCCAACAAUUGUCUUAGUCGAAUCACCGCCCACUACGCCGCCGACGGAUAAGCCGGAGACGGAGGCCAAGGAGGUCGGAGACCAAGGAGGCGUGAACAAAUCAUCGAUCAAUCCGAUUCCAACAGAUAAAAAACCCAGAUCAAUGAAAAGACCUGCAGUGGUGAUUGCUCCCCCAAACAAAUCAGUUCCUGUUAUCACAGAAAUAGUGGAUUUAGAUGCAAUACCAGAGACCCCGCCAGAGAAAAGAAGGAAGGAAUCUUACACUCCCAUUAUGAAUGCAAUUGAGGCAUCACCAGCAGCGAAUGCCCCUUUUACAACUGAGUACGCGGCACUUUUGAGGCUGUGCCGCGAGGUGGACAAAUCGGAUUUCAUGGAUAAUCUGGUAAGGGGAAAGUUAACCCAGUAUUACUACAGUGUGCCUGAAAGCUUCGUGAUGUCAUGUGGCUUUCGCAAGCUGGUCACAGUGGCCAUGUCCAGUAUCAGAAACGAGUCGAACCUGGUCUACAUACACCUAAAGUACGUGGUUGAUGAGCUUGCAGCGCGGAUGGUGGCCAACAUGUUUCCCACAAUACGGGCAACGCCGUCAGCUAUGCAGUUCCCACUUCCUAGAUCAUUUACACCCAAGCAGCCGGAGAUGUUCAAGGCGCCGGAACAGACUAGGAUGGUGGGGAAAGAGCAGGACGAUGAUGUAGAGGAGGUUACAGUAGUGCAUUGCGAGCCCGUUUCUCGCGAAGAUAAGCGGAGGGAAGAGCGCAUACGGCACUUGAACCGCACGCUGCAUGCUAUUACUAAGCGAAUCAAGAUGUUGGACGAUGCUGAAGUGGACUUGAACGACGAGGACUCCAGCUAUCUUCAGGUGGAGCGCUUCAAAAAGCGCGCCUGCCAAAUCUAUGAGAAAAUCUGUGAUCUAACCGGUGAGAGCAAGAGUGUCCGUCGUCAGCUUAAGAAGCCCAUCCAAUUCAAGGAUACGGACUAUCCACACUUCAAUCGCAAGCUCUCGGCUUUUGUCAACAAGUUGCAUGAGUUUCCCGACUACCACGAUGUGCUUCAAAUUUUGGAACAGUGCAACAAGGAAAAGGAACUUGGACUAGCCAAGUUCGAGAUGAAGAGAAUCGCCUACGAUGCCUUUAACAAAGUCGGUCGAAUGCUACAAUCGCGCCGAAAAAAUGAUCUUUACGAAACCGUCACACAUUUCACAGCAAACGGAAAAGAUCCAGCCUCCAGUGAUCCUGAGCUGCUAGCCAAGCUGAAGGAAAACAACAAAAAGCAAACCAAAAUAAGUGAUGUCUUGGAAAAGUAUGCCCUAGAGCAGGAUCUCAAUGCGGAGGAACGUCAGGAGGCGCGACUGAAGGAGAAAAAGUUGAAGCAGGUUAAAGCGGACGAGGAGGCCGCCAAGCUGGCUGCUUUGGCGCAAGACGACGACGAGCCCUGCACAAGUGCUCAGGCAGCAGCUAAAGCGGCCGCUCUCGCCUCUUUAAAGAAGAGUCCGGCAGCUCGUGGAAAGGUGAUAGGAAAAAGGCGCCCGAUUAAUGGACGGAUCUUUAAUAUUGACGACGACGGAGAUGACUCGGAGGAGGAAUCUGACACGGAGGACGACGAUGUUGAGGAAUUUGUUAAUAACUUCCAAGCGAACGGUGAUGUGAGCGAUACCGACUCCGAAGUGGAAGCAGUAACAUCACCAAAGAGAGAUGCCUUACCGCUCGCCGAGGAGGAUGUGAUAGAUAUAACGAGAGACGAGACUGGCAAAAAGAAUGACGAAGCCACGCCCAACGGCAGGCUUAAGAUUAUGUCCGUCUCUAGUCUGAACGCCAAUUUCGUCCAUGGGCAGGAUCCGCACAGAAAACCCCAUCCCAUACCGAGUGCUAAGCCUGUCAUUGCCGACCAGAUUAUCAUUUCAGAUGAGGAGUCAUAGAAACGGUUGUACCCGCAGCCCUAGUUAAGUUAUUUAUUCAAUAUGUUCAGUUUGUUUCUGAAUUGUUCUACUCUUCUUACUAACAAAAAUGCGGUGGGACGAAUAGUUAUUUCUCAACAUCAAUCAUAAAAAUCAUAAAAUUUUAUAUUUGUUUUUUCAUGCAGAUUUUAUUUCAAAUUCGAGCGACUAUUGCAAAUUUCAUCCAGUUUUUAAAUUUCUCGUAAAUCUUUAAAUGUACAUAAAGAUGUUCAAAGAUGACUAUCGCCCGUACAUUUUUGUGGUUGCUUUGUUACCAGUUCCACCACGCUUAUUUAUUGUAAAGUCCCCUACCUUUGGGUACAAGCCACAAAACUACGGUAGUGUAUAUACGGAAUACUACUAGUCUAAGUUAGUCGUAGAAAAUAAACGGAACGAUGAGAAAUGAUGACAGAAAGCAAAA